CAGACGGGGGGGGGGGACUUCUGCCAUCGUUUCUGCUCUCCAUCCGGGUUGACGUUUCCGAAAGCAAAUUGAGGAAGUUUUGAUCGGAGGCUGAGACGGGACACAGUGUACCAGAUACACCCCGAGUUUAACAGAAAGCCACGGGACUGCCUCCUCCUCCUCCACCACCUCCUCCUUCUCAACCCUGUGUUUGCUGCCAUGCUGCAAGCAGCAUCUCCCGACCUAUUCCCAACCUGAUGGCCACGGUGCAGGUGGGAGGGAUGUACACCUGAAGGUCUGGUGUGCCGUGGUGUCCACUGACUUUUUCUUGCAAGCUUUAAGAAGAUGUGAUCCACUGCAGUCUGAAAACACCUGAGGCUGCUCCAACAUUAUCCAAGCUACACCUGCGUGACGUAGUGAGAUCUGUUUUGUUGUCGCCAUAGCCCAAAUUAAACUCAACCAUGGGUGCCAAACAAACCAAAGGCCAGGAGCCUGGAGGAACCAGCCCACAGCACACCUGGAAGCGGACACCCACCAAAGAGAGAGGCGACAUCUUGGCCUCCUUAAUGCUGAAACCAGGGGAUCGGCUUAGCCGUGGCGGGACGCCUCCACCCUACCAGCGUCGCAUCGGCAUGAUCCAAGAAAUGAUGCUGAUGGCCAAGCAGGGCAAACAGGAUGAGGCCACCGAGAUGCUUAAGACGCUCAGACAGGACCUGGGCAUGGAGUCUACAUCCCUGGAUGAUGUGCUGUAUCGCUAUGCUAGCUUCAGAAACCUGGUGGACCCCAUCACACACGACUUGAUCAUCAGUCUGGCACGAUACAUCCACUGCCCGAAGACGGAAGGAGACUCUCUAGGGGCUAUGGAAAAGGUGUGUCGCCAGCUGACCUAUCAUCUAAGCCCUCACUCCCAGUGGAGGAGACAGGGCCUGCUCAAGAGGAAGCCACAGGCCUGUCUGAAGGCAAUGUUGUCAGUCCAACCCCCCAGCGGGGCCUUGGACCUGUCUGGUAUCCCUUUGGCAGUGCGGGACAUGGAGCGUCUGUGUGGACAUCUGCAGCGCCACGCGGCCACUGUGGUCAGCCUGGAGCUGGGCUUCACCGAGCUGACUGAUGAGGCGUUCCUCCUGCUCCUGCCCACUUUAGCCGCCCUGCCGCACCUGGAAACCCUGGCGCUCAAUGGAAACAGGCUGACCAGGGCCAUCCUGAAGGAGCUGACUGACGCCCUGAAGGACCCAGGCAGUUUUCCCAGCGUGACAUGGAUUGACCUGGGCAACAACGUGGACAUCUUCUCCCUGCCUCAGCCCUUCCUCGUCAGCCUAAGGAAGCGUUGUCCCAAACAGGGCAACCUACCCACCAUCUUGGAAUUUGGCGAGAGUCAGACCAGCGAUCCCCCUGAGAGGCUGAGAGACGACGGGGAAGGGGACGAGACGGACGACACCAACCGGACAGAGAGCAUGGGUGAGCUGCGGUCAGAGGUGGAGGAAGAGAUGGAUGGAGAGAUGGAGAUAGAGGAGAUGAUGGGGGAGUUGCUGGACUUUGACAGAGAGGUGCAGGGAAAGGAGGACGAGCUAGAGGAUGACAGCACGUGGGCCAUGGAGGAGCAGAGGGGUGGGAGGAGGAGGAAGGGGGUGGAGGAAGAGGAGAGGCAGAGGAAAGGGUCAAAGAAAGCCUUGAGAGCAGAGGAAGAGGAUGACACACAGAGCCACUCCUCCCAUCUCUCCGGCUCUUGCCACUCGCAGCACUCUUCGGGAGCCGUGGAACCAAUGAAGGUGGAGGAAGAUGACUUGGACGACGUAACGGACCAAUCGGACCUAAUGACAUGACUGUUGUCCGUGCGUUGUUUACCUUGUAACUUCCCAUCCUGUGUCAGUCCUGUCUAGGGGGGAUGAGAGAGGACUUUGUCUCUGGCAGCUAAAGCCUCUGGGUCUAUAAACCAUGUAAUGCUCAUAAGCUGAGAGUGAAAAUUGAACCUAUGUUCAUAACAACGGGAGUGUAACAGAAGUGUCAUUCGUAUGAACAAGCUACUCGAUUCUCCUGCCACUGAUACGAUUUGUGACCGCUCGCUACAAUAAUCAGAUACUAGAAGAAUCCCAGAUGUGUUGGGGAUUGACUCUACGAUGAGAUGACAAUCCAGCUUGGAAUAAGAAAUCAUCUGUGAUCGCUCCUAUUGUUGUUUUAAAUAUGAGUAGCCUGAGGAUGCUAAU